CGUUAAAAUUGUUUGCAUUUGGUGGCGUCGAUUUUAAUAUUUCGUAUUUGCAGUGCACUUUUCGGUGGGUAAAACAAUUUUUAUUGACAAUUUGUGCAAUCGCUAGUUGCCAAAAAUGGACCGACGCAAAAAGCGCACAUCUUCGGAGCAGUACCAAAUGUACAUCGAGCUCAUGGAGAGCGACCCAAUUUUUGCCAGUGGACGCGUGCCGCGCGAUUAUGAUCUAAAUUAUUUGACCAGAAAAUGGAAAGAGUUAUCCGACAGGCUCAACAAAUGCGGCUCCGGACCCACGCUAACAGCGGAGGAAUGGCGCAAGCGCCUAAACGACUGGAAGAACACGACGCGCUGCAAGUACAGACGCAGCCUGAUGUCCAGCGAGAAGGACAUAUCCAUGUCGUCACUGGAGACGCGAGCACUCAAUUUGUUUGGCAAGGUGCCGGGCUCCGGGGAGACGCUAAUGAACUUGAAAUCGGAAAAGGAUGAUCAGGAGGACGACAUGGAGGAAUUGGGUCAGCGCACAUCCGCAUCGUUCCAAAAGGAUCUGCAAGCGGCUGUCGAAGAGGCCAUCAAUGACGAGGACGAGGACGAGAUGGUCGAGGAGCAUGUGGAUCAGGAGGAUCUUACCGAUGAGAACAUGCACGAGGCAACCGGCGGCAUCGAUGGCCCCAAUGUGGGUGGCACAACGGCCGUAAACACAAGUGGCGGCGGCUAUCGCACCAUUGUGGUGGACAACUCGACCUAUGUGGAAGAGGAACAGGACCAUCCCGAGCCGCCAGUAGAGCCCGUCAAGUUUGUGUGCACGACCAAUAUACACUCGGCCGGCUCCAGCGGCGGCACCAAGCUAAUCAACGGCGAGCUGCCAGUCAAGCGAUUACGACGAGAUCAGGUCAUCUACGAAGUCAAGAAUGCGCCGCGCUCCUAUACGACCAUACAGGCGGGCGGCUCACUGCCGACGCUGCACAACACAAAAAUGCACCACGAACCACAAGGCACGACGCUGAGCGCCGCAUUGAGCGGCCUCGAUGCGCAGGAGAUAGCGCAUCAAUUGAAGCGAUUGGCGGACAUUAACUACGAGACGCUGCAGUUCGAGAUCGCGCGCUUUAAGUUCAACAAUCCUGGCUUCCACUACGAGCCGCCGCCAUUAUAGUCAUCGCCCCAGGCAGAAACGCAAAGGAGCAGCCGCCCACAACAACAACAGCAACGAGAGCGGGAGCGGGAGCAGCAACAGCGGCAGCGGGAGCAACAGCUGCCGCAGGAGCGGCCAGUCGAGCCGAAGAAGAAGUAAUAGUUCUAGUUUUUAUUGACACACAAACACACAGAUGCUCUGUCAGUUCGAAUUUGUACAAUAUUUACGUGAGCUGCAGACGUGAGACAGACGACAAUUGAGCACUUCUGGAUGGGGCAUGAUCGAUGCCAGCCUAUCAUAACCUAAAGUAGCCAGUUUUUUAGUUUAAAAUUUACGUAGUUCAUAUAUUAAUGCAAAUCAUUUUCUAUAUACAGUUUCAAUUACGAGUACCAUAUACACACACACACACACACACGCGAACACGCAUAUAUAUUUGUAUUGUAAUGCUUAAAGGUACAUACACAUGUGAACAUAAACGAAUCCUUGCUUGGGAUUCGCUUUGUUCGCUUUGCUACCUUUACUCUCAAGUGGAAUCCAUGUCGAAUUGGACACAUAAUUUUAAACAAGUUGUAUGUAAAUGUAAAGAAUAAAGUUUACCAAUGAUAAAUA